UUCCGGAAGCCGCUCCGCUCAGCGCAGCCGCCGGGGCCGCCAAUGUCUCUCUGAACGAUGGUCUACGAUGCAGUGAAGCGCUGCUCGAUUACAAACAUGGAGCACUACGGCUCGGACACGGAGGGGGACGGACAGGAGACGCCGCUGCUUCACCGGGGACGGGAGGACAAAGUCCCGAGAGCCCCGGCGUGCUGCUCGUCGCGCUACACCCUGGCUCUGCUGUCCUGCUACGGCUGCUUCGUGGUCUACUCCCUGAGGGUGAACCUCAGCGUGGCCAUGGUGGACAUGCUGAACAGGACUCACCAGUCCGGCGGCAACCAGAGCGGCUCGGUGUGUCCCGCGCACGCCGACCCGGCGCGACCCACGCACAACCACACGGCCAACGUGUACAACUGGGACUCUGAGACACAGGGAUGGAUCCUGGGCUCCUUCUUCUACGGCUACAUCCUGACGCAGGUCCCGGGGGGAUACCUGGCCGGACGCGUCGGACCCAAGUGGCUUCUGGGCUUCGGGAUUCUGGGAACGGUCAUUUUUUCACUGCUCACGCCGAUCGCCGCCGACCUGGGCGCCGGCUACCUCAUCGCUAUCAGAGUGCUGGAGGGCAUCGGAGAGGGUGUGACCUUCCCUGCGUUGUACACUAUGUGGGCUGCCUGGGCCCCGCCGCUGGAGAGGAGCCGGCUGCUCACCAUUAGUUACAUUGGCGCCCAGCUGGGGACGGUGGUGUGUCUUCCUCUUUCUGGGGAAAUCUGCUUCUAUCUGGGCUGGCCCUACGUCUUCUACAUAUUCGGCGCGGUGGGCCUGCUCUGGUUCGUCCUGUGGGGUCUCUUCGUCUUCGACACUCCGAACACUCACCCACGGAUAUCUGAGCGGGAAAGAAUCUACAUCACCUCCUCGCUGAAGAACGAGCUGUCCCCGUCCGUGGACCACAUCCCCUGGUGCUCCAUCGUGUCGUCGGUGCCGCUGUGGGCCAUCGUCGUGGCUCACUUCUCCUACAACUGGACCUUCUACACCCUCCUCACCCUGCUGCCCACCUACAUGAAGGACAUCCUGGGAUUCAGCAUACAGCAGAACGGCAUUCUCUCGGCUCUGCCCUACGUGGGCUGUGCUAUCUUCGCUCUGCUGAGCGGGCAAGUGGCCGAUUACCUGCGAGAGACCUGCCUGUACCGCACCGUCGUCGUCAGGAAGUGCUUCUCCCUCAUCGGUAUGAUCGGCCCGGCGGUGUUCCUGGUGGCGGCGGGUUACACAGGCUGUGACUACGUCCUGGCCAUCAGCUUCCUGACCAUCUCCUCCUCCCUGGGCGGCAUUUCAGCCUCCGGCUUCAACAUCAACCACCUGGACAUCGCUCCUUCGUAUGCAGGUAUUCUGCUGGGAAUCACCAACACUUUCGCAACCAUUCCUGGCAUGGUGGGACCCGUCAUCGCGAGAUCCCUCACCCAGCAUAACACCAUCGAAGAGUGGCAGACCGUCUUCUACAUCGCUGCAACCAUCAACCUGCUGGGAUCGCUGUUCUACACCGUGUUCGGCCGGGGGACGGUGCAGCCGUGGGCCGUGCAGACGUCCUACCCUCACGGAGACUGAGGCCGGAGGCAGAUGCGUCUGGAUCGCUCUCAUCGCACAGCAACAGUUAUGAUUUCGUCUAUAGGGUCGUCCUCGCCGUGUCUGUGGGUCGUAGGACUCUUCCUUCGCUGGGGUGAAUCAAUCAAUCAAUCAAUCACAAUAUUUCUUCAUGAUAGAUUUUCUCUGGAGGCAUAACAAUAACCAAGCAGAGCAGAAAAACACAGCUGGUGUCAGAGUCAGGAACCAAAUGAGAUGGGAAGUCGUCAGUGCAGGUAUUUCCAGUUAUUGAUCUCAGGUGUAUCCUAUGAAAAAUAAGCUCCCGAAGGAAGAUUUACUGGUCGGUCAGCUCACUUCUUAUUUAUGCCUCCCGGGUUUAGUCUUUUAUAUUAAACAUCCUCUCAAUGUAAACAAACAUUUAAUUCUCACCUGAAUACUCAUGUAGAUAUUUUAACAGGACAUCUGAGGAAGACUCACCACGCACAGUCUGAAGAAAAUGCCUUAAAAUGAUUUUAAACCUUUUUAAUCGAAUACUUUUGAACUGGAAACGUGUCGAGUUUCCCUUCGUGGUCCUGUCGGACCUUACAGGGUCCUCACAGGAAGAACCCCAAUGAGUUAAUUAACAUCAUAUUGGACUUGUGUUAAGCUGAUUGAAUGAAAGAUUUCCGUUACUAAUUUUUCUUUAAAUGUUAUUGUCUGUGCCAUGUGCCAAAAAACAAAAAGCAUUCUUGUGCUCGUUGGAGGCUUUAAUCAGCACCCGGUCAGUCUCUGCACUGGUCUCUAAAUCUUAUUUUAGAAUCCAGUGGAUUUACAGUCACUUCUGUAAUGUUUUAUCCUCGACUUGUUUCUCUCAUAUUUGUGUUUCCCUGCUGCUCUCUGGUGUGUGCCACACUUUAAACACUGCAUCAGAGCCUGCAGGACACAGGAGAGAUUAUCAUCUGGAACACUGACACGUGGAGCUGGGUGGGGAACCCUGCAGGGUUGUAGUCAUUCAUGCGAUUUGCACUUCCAGUGUGAGUUCUCAGGUACCUUUUGAAGGAACGGAAAAGGAAUUUUUUUUUUUGUCACUUUUUACAGGUUGAAUAAUCUGCAAUGCUGAGGGACGUGUUCUCAAGUUUUAAGAGUCAAAAUCAGAUCCUGUUUUAAAUUGUUUCCAACAGCAUGACUCUUAAUGGCUUUAGGAUUUGAUUCUUAGUCUUAGUUUGUUUUAUUUUAUCAGCAUUACCUGCUCAGUCGAAGGUUUUCUCAUGAUGUUUGCACGCUUAUUACGACACAUGUAUCUUAACUCUAUGUGGAUUAAAAGUCAACAAGUCCCACCAUCAGUUCAUGUUAUGGUGUAAUGCACUUGUGCCUUAUUACAUUAACCCAGUUCAGAGAGGUGGAGCGAUUCCAUACCGAUGAACUGCUGUCACUGUUUUUUGUUUCAGUUUUUACACUUGUGCCAGUUUAUGUUGGACAAAGGGAAUUUGUAUUUUGUAUUAUAAAGAUUAUCACUGUAAAUGCUCAGCCUGGAAACAUUCCAGAAAUCACUGUCAUGUAUUGUGAAAAUGUAACGAUAAAAGAUGAUGUGCAAAUCUCA